ACAAUUGGCCCAACGUCGUCCGAUGUUGGCCGUCAUUGUAUAAACGAAUUUGUUCUUAACUGACUUGCCUAGUUAAAUAAAGAAUAACCAUAAACUAGCAGCACCUGGACCAUUAACCAGCAGCACCUGGUCUCCCAACCAGGACCAACCCUGCUUAGCUUCAGAAGCAAGCCAGCAGUGGGAUGCAGGGUGGUAUGCUGCUGGCUUACCAUCCUAAUGUUUUAGCAUUUGUGGCACCUUUCAAGGCACGGGGCCAAUGAUUUGGACAUGGUGUACAAAAAAUGCAAAUAUCUGUCCCAUGGCUCUAAUGGGAUUUGUGCCACAAAUGCUAAAACGCUGGCAUGUUGAAAUGGUGCCAGGGGAAACUAAACCAAACCAUGGAUUGCUUUAGCAUACAGAUUGAUUAGAGCCCUUAGUUUUGAGAUCCUUUCCUAACUUUCAUCACACUUUUGUUAUUUUGUCCUUACCAUUUAUUUUUACAAUUAUGGAACACAUGGCAAAUUGAUACUUAAUCAGUACAUAAUUACUUAGAGGAGAAUAUGCUACAAGUUGUGGGGGAGGGAGGCUUUUAAAGGAAAUUACAUCCACUUAAUUGUGAUGUCUAAUUCAGAGAACAUACUGUAUGUUUUUUUUAAUGUACUACAGCGUAUUAACAGGAAAUGGGAUCAUUUUGGUAAUUACUCAUGUCUGCGUCAAACACCCCUGUUUGUGUGUGUGUGUGGGGGUCUAUAAAAAUGUGGCUUGUGCCACGAGACCUGCAGCAGCUUCAAGAAAGUGAUGAUCAUGAGGGUGCUGGUGAGUUUAGUACCCUUCGUCCUCAUGGUGUGGUGUGGACAGGAGACAACGGCACUUCCCAUAGAGGAUAACCUAGGAUUGCAGCACAACCGGGAGUUGACCGUGGAGCAGAGGGACCUGUUGAAGACAUUGUCGGGGCUGAAUGAGCUGACGUCCAAGUAUAUGUAUCUGGAUCAACAGCUCCACAGAGAGCUGCAGGACAGAUCUCUCAGAGCUCAAGUUCCUGCCAAAGUGAGAUUCCCCUGUAAGAAGUUAUUUUGGAAGACCUUCUCAUCCUGCUAGCAAAGGCACUGGCAGACAGCUGCUGGCAGUCACAGUCCACACCCUGGUCUCUUAGCCGCAUUGCAUGAGCAAUACUCAAAUUACUAUGAAUAAAAUGCAACUAAAGAAA